AACUGCACAGCGGCGAAGCUUAGUUGUUUUAUAUAAACUUUCAAUUUUGUAUUUUGUUUCUGUAUCGGUAUCCACUUUGCUCAUGGAAUCGAUCAAUUGGAUGUUCAAGCGAGUUGGAUGGACUCAGACGCCUCCUGCCCGCUGGUCAAUGUAGUUCUAUGGAAACAUCGAAAAUGGUGGACGUUAAGCCUCCGCCUUUCCGAACCUUAGAUGAUUUUGUUUUCGGUUCGGCCCGAUAUUCAGUUUCAGAUGUUCGUAAUUUAGAAGAAUGGAACAACCGGAUAAUCAACAACUUACUGUAUUACCAGACAAACUACUUUGUGUCGGCGGUAGCAUUCCUGCUAAUAGUCGGGUAUUUCCAACCAUUCCAGCUCUUUCUCGGGGCAACCGCGCUAACCCUGGUGUUUGUAGGCUUUGUGUGGACUGCGGAGAACAAGAUCGCAGUGAGACGCUUCAGGAGGAACCACCCUUCCGUCUGUCUCGUUGCCAUCCUGGGCUCCAGCUACCUUCUGCUCUCCAUCCUGGGAGGGGUGAACGUUUUCCUCUUAGGCAUCACGUUCCCUGUUUUAAUUAUCCUGCUGCACGCCUCGGUUAGGCUGCGGAGCUUAAAAAACAAACUGGAGAACAGGCUGGAGAGCAUAGGCCUGAAGAGAACCCCCAUGGGCCUGCUGUUGGAGGCCUUGGGCCAAGAGCAGGAGGCAGGCUCGUAGUCUGCGGCCCAGUCCCAAAGCGACCUUGACCAACCUUUCCCUGUGUCCUGGCGAGUCUCGGUGUGCUCUUACCGUGGUGCCAAUGUUCAUACACAUAUGCAGGGAGUGUGUGGGGGAAAAUAAGUUGGGUUUAGUGUUGGGAGAAGCAAGUUUGAGAGGAAGGAGGGGUUACAUUUAAUUGUGUAAUGGACUUGUAAUGUGUUGAAGGGAAGGAUCAUACAUAGCAAGAUCAGGUGUUAAAUUAAUAUUCAUGGUGUACAUUUAACAUAUUAACCCUGGAGGGUUUGAUUUAGUACAGGUGAUCUUAUUUAAAAGAGGAUUAUAAGGAUAUGGACAUUGUUUUGCAUUCACUGUAGAUUUUCAGUACUUUGAACAAGCCAAGUUAGUGUAUUUAUUUACAAAUGUUCACUUUUUAAUUUUUUGUUGUUCUUGAUGCACAUGCAUCUGAUUACUCUUAGAUGAAACCCGGUAUUCACCAGGUCAUGCAGGCUUGGUCAUUUUCUACAGCACAUUGCAAAUAAUCCAUGCAUCACACAAUGCAAUGCAAAUUAUAAUGUAUGAUGUAAUUUUCCUUAAGGACAUGCAGCAAUCACGCAUAAGCUGUUUGUCUAGACAAGAUGGAUGGUGAGCUUAAUGAACAUGUAGACUUAUUUUCUAUCAAUUUUUGUGUUGUGCUCUGCAAGUGUUCAUAUUUUGGUCGUCUCAUCUGUGAUGGCAAGUGUCAAAUAUUCAUGGCUAUUUUGACAGAAGUACUUUGUGUUGAAAAUGUUUUGUAUAGGAAUUUUUUUAGGUGUGAUCUCAAUACACUUUAGUAGGGCUAUAUGUUACUGAAUGUUCCAGUGGCUAGCCAAAUUACUUUUACUUUAAUUAUGUCUGUCUGGUUGUGGAGUGAUUUCUGUCUAGAUUUUUUUUUUUUUUUUUUGUCUGGCGAACAACUGUCGGCCUUUUGCACUUCUACCUGAAGAAAAUAGUUAUUGUUCUGCUCUUCUUUUUAAAACGUUUUAUGUAGCAUUUAAUAUUUGCCGUAGAGACGAACCAGCCCUGAAUUUCCUAAGGUGAUCAUCCAUUACAAUGAUCUAAAUAAAGCUUUUGGAAAAAAAAAAA